GGAUGAGCCGAGAGAUGCUCUUCAUUGACCCUCCCAUUGAAAAAGCCAAGACAUUCCUCAAGGCUAUGGAGUGCAAAGGAGAGGAAACAAAGCCAAAUUCUUCAAUUACAAAGCUACCUCUCUUUUCAAUCCCACACCGAGCAAUGGACUCGCCCGAGCGCUCGGGGACGUUAACUCCGCCAAUCUACGCCGCCGUCUCGGUCCCGUUUCGGUGGGAAGAAGAGCCCGGCAAGCCUAGGUUUAGUAAUGUCACCACCACCACCAACACCGACACCGACACCGUCACGUCUCCGUGCCUAGAGCUACCUCCAAGGCUUUUGUUAAUGGAGAAAGUGGCAAGAUCUGAGGGCUCUUCCUUUAGAAUGAUGGGGUCUGAUGAGAUGAGUUCUUUGUUCAUGAAGAGAAGAGGUUGGUUUGGUUCAUGGAGAAGAAGCAAAAGAGAUGAAGUGUUUCCUUCCUUGGAAUGGGAAGUGGAAGCUUCAAGGCUUAGAAGAAAUGGGAGCUUUUCAAGCCUUAUAAGAACACAAAUUAGGCCUCAUUUUUGGGUAAGUGUUUGUGAAGGUUUGAAGCAUGUGGUUCCAUCGUGGAGAGGCAAAAGGCUAAAGAAAGACGUUUAGCUCGAUUUUCAAACGGUUUCAGUGGAAGAACCGAAGCAAACUUGUAAAUAUAUCUCGUUGAUUUCAUUGUGUUUUUCAUUUUCUCGAGAUGGGUCGGGAAGAUUGAAUCUUACGUUGUUUCAGAGGUACCAAAUGUGUUUUCAAACUAGUAUAUCUCGUAUCAUUAACUGGUAAAAGUAUAUUGGUUAAGAAUAAGGUAGUGUCUUGGUUACUAUUGUUGA